AAGUUUCGGUUUUGCUUUUUCUCAAAGGGCAGGCUUCAUGCGUGUUUUCAUAUCCAUGACUGUAUGUGGCCACAUAUCUGAAAGCACUUUUGAUUAAUUGUUAAUAACGUCUGAAAAUGUUUAUGCAGAAAAUGUAUUAUCAUGUUAACAAUUCCUUCACGUGGUUACGGUAAAUGAAAAGGCUCUAAAAUGCUCACGGUCAAGAGAAGACUUGACAGACGGGGAGAAAGCUUCGGUCUCUAAAAGAAGAUCCAACUGAAGUUUGCUUAGUGGGCAGCUUCUUGCGAGGCACAGACUCCAUUUAACAAGCCUUCCCGCCUGGGUCCGGGCAUUGGUUGUGGUUACGGGCACUGGGUGGCACUUUUAGGGGGCGGGCCUUGGCUCUCGGCGGCCGCGGCAGAGCUGGCACGACGAGUUCCCAGUGUGUCACCCCUGGGCGAACUCCGGGGCCUGCCCACUACCGCUCGGCAGGGGCGGCUCUCCCAGCGCAGUGUGCGGCUGCUCUGGCCGGGGAGGAGUGACAGGGAGCAGCGCUCCGGCCCGUCCCCUCCUGGUCCUCCCGCUCCGCCCCGUUCUCUCCCGGGAGCCCACCCGAGAGCCCGGGCGCGGCGAGGCAGAGUGGCCUUAGUGCUCGCCAGUUCCCGUUCCCGGAUCGCGAGCCGCAGUGCCUACCCUGCCCUCCAGCUGCUGCUGUCCCCCCAGAUCCGCGACCCUAGUCCCCGGAUCCCCUCACAGCGGGCCACCGAGCUCCCGGGACACCAGAGCCAAAGUUCUGUCAAUUUGGGUCAGCAAUGAAAGGCAGGAUCCUGGACGGUGGCCCUGAAUCCUGAUUGCCUGUCUGUCCGGGAGACACAUGUGGUCAAAGAUGAAUUUGAGAAAAGUAGCUGCUGGCUUCUGGAACUAUGGAAAAGCAGGGCCAUCAUGAGAUGGAAGCCAUCCCCUUGGGCUGUCACUCCUACAUUAAACUGUUGAAGAUCAACAGGGAACAUCUGGUCACCAACAUCCGUAACACUCAGUGUCUGCUGGACAACUUGAGGAAGAAUGGCUACUUCUCAGCUGAAGAUGCAGAGAUCGUGUGUGCUUGUCCCACCAAGCCUGACAAGGUCCGAAAAAUUCUUGACCUGGUGCAGAGCAAAGGUGAAGAGGUGUCCGAGUUCUUCCUCUACGUGCUCCAGCAGCUCGAGGACGCUUAUGUGGACCUCAGGCUGUGGCUAUCAGAGAUUGGCUUCUCGCCUUCCCAGCUCAUUCGGAGCAAAACCAUCGUCAAUACUGACCCGGUGAGCAGGUACACCCAGCAGCUGCGACACCAACUGGGCCGCGACUCCAAGUUCAUGAUGUGCUACGCCCAAAAAGAGGACCUGCUGCUGGAGGAGACCUACAUGGACACACUCAUGGAGCUAGUGGGCUUCAACAACGAAAACCUGGGCAGCCUGGGAGGCCUGGACUGCCUGCUGGACCACAGCACCGGCAUCCUCAAUGAGCAUGGCGAGACUGUCUUCGUGUUUGGGGACGCGGGAGUGGGCAAGUCCAUGCUGCUGCAGCGACUGCAGAGCCUCUGGGCGUCGGGCAGGCUGGCCUCCACAGCCAAGUUCUUCUUCCACUUCCGCUGCCGCAUGUUCAGCUGCUUCAAGGAGAGCGACACGCUGAGUCUGCAGGACCUGCUCUUCAAGCACUUCUGCUAUCCGGAGCAGGACCCCGAGGAGGUGUUCUCCUUCCUGCUACGCUUUCCCCACACGGCGCUCUUCACUUUCGACGGCUUGGAUGAGCUGCACUCGGACUUCGACCUGAGCCGUGUGCCGGACAGCUGCUGCCCCUGGGAGCCGGCACACCCGCUGGUCUUACUGGCCAACCUCCUAAGCGGGAGGCUGCUCAAGGGCGCGGGCAAGCUGCUCACUGCCCGUACAGGCGUGGAGGUCCCCCGCCAGCUUCUGCGCAAAAAGGUGUUGCUCCGGGGCUUCUCCCCCGGCCACCUGCGCGCCUAUGCCCGCAGGAUGUUCCCCGAGCGCAUAGCUCAUGAGCAUCUGCUGCAGCAGCUGGAUGCCAACCCCAACCUCUGCAGCCUGUGCGCCGUGCCGCUCUUCUGCUGGAUCAUCUUCCGCUGCUUUCAGCAUUUCCACACAGCCUUCGAGGGCUCCUCCCAGCUACCAGACUGUGCCGUGACCCUAACCGAUGUCUUCCUGUUAGUCACUGAGGUGCAUCUGAACAGGACGCAGCCCAGCAGCCUGGUGCAGCGCAAUACCCGCAGCCCGGCAGAGACACUGCGCGCAGGCUGGCGCACGCUGCACGCGCUGGGCCAGGUGGCGCACCGAGGCACCGACAAGAGCCUCUUUGUGUUUGGCCACGAGGAGGUGCAGGCAUCUAAGCUGCAGGAGGGGGAUCUGCAGCUGGGCUUCCUGCGGCCUCUGCCCGACGUGGGCCCUGAGCAGGGCCAGCAGUCCUAUGAGUUUUUCCAUCUCACGCUCCAGGCUUUCUUCACUGCCUUCUUCCUGGUGGCAGAUGACAAAGUGGGCACCCGGGAGUUGUUGAGGUUCUUUCGAGAGUGGACGUCUCCUGGGGAGACAUCAAGCACGUCCUGCUAUCCGUCCUUCUUCUCCUUUCAGUGCCUGGGUGGCGGAAGCCGGUUGGGCCCCGAUCCUUUCAGGAACAAAGACCACUUCCAGUUCACCAACCUCUUUCUGUGCGGGCUGCUGGCCAAAGCCAGACAGAAACUCCUUCGGCAGCUGGUGCCCAAGGCUACCCUGAGGAGGAAGCGCAAGGCCCUGUGGGCUCACCUGUUCGCCAGCCUGCGCUCCUACCUAAAGAGUCUGCCCCGGGUCCAGAGCGGAGGCUUUAAUCAGGUGCACGCCAUGCCCACAUUCCUGUGGAUGCUGCGCUGCAUCUACGAGACACAGAGCCAGAAGGUGGGACGCCUAGCCGCCAGGGGCAUCAGUGCCGACUACCUCAAGCUGGCCUUCUGCAACGCUUGCUCUGCCGACUGCAGCGCCCUGUCCUUCGUCCUGCACCAUUUCCACAGGCAGCUGGCCCUAGAUCUGGACAACAACAACCUCAAUGACUAUGGAGUGCAGGAGCUGCAGCCUUGCUUCAGCCGCCUCACGGUUAUCAGACUCAGUGUCAAUCAGAUCACGGACACAGGGGCGAAGGUGUUGUGUGAAGGACUGACCAAGUACAGAAUCGUGACAUUCCUGGGCUUGUACAACAACCAGAUCACUGAUAUUGGAGCCAGGUAUGUGGCCCAAAUCCUGGAUGAAUGCAGAAGCCUCACGCACCUUAAACUGGGGAAAAACAGAAUAACAAGUGAGGGUGGGAAGUGUGUGGCUCUGGCUGUGAAGAACAGCACCUCCAUCAUUGAUGUUGGCAGCGGCCAUCCUAACGCCAGGAGUGGUACCCCGCUGUGGUUAAAAGUCUCCUUGUGGCGUUGUAACUUUUCCUGGAUUAAAAAGGAACAUAGGUGGUUUUCUUGAGAAACUAUGGGGAGUAUGAACACUAAUAAAAAUUGUCUUCCCAGAAUUGCUUUUAAGCUGGAUAUAAUAGUACAUGCCUGUACUAGCUCAGAAUUUGGAGGGUGAAGGCAAGAGGAUCACAAGUUCAAGACCAGUCUCAGCUAUAUACCAAGUUCAAGGCCAGACUGGGUUACUUAAAAGAGAGAACUGUCAUUGACAUUUGAGAUGAUGGAAACUCUUUUCGGUUCUUUUUUCUCUCCCUCUAUUACUCCUUUUACAUAGCAGAAACCAAGCCAUGCGGACCGAAUUUUAUCUUCAUUUUUUACUUAGUCUCAUAUCAGAGCCUGACACUUUAUGACAAAAUUGAUGCCGCUCAAUUGUAUUGUGCACACAUUUUCUCAGCAAAGUACUGAAAACUGGCCUCUCAUCGGCCACACCUAAAGGCAGUCUGCUGGACCUUGCUGUAGAGGUCAGGUCCUGUUGUGAGUGGGUCAGGCACAUUAUUCUGCUCCCUGGAAACAGAGGCCCCCUUCCUGCUGGAAACAGCCUACCCUUCUGGGCCAGCUGCUAUUCUAAGUGUUCACAUCUAUGAAAUCACAAAACCUUCCUCACUACUCUACCAAGAAUGCCCUUGUUAUCCCAUUUGACAGAGAAAGAAACUGAGGUCGAAGGCGCUUUAAUGUUUGUAUAAGAUUGGACAGAGUAGGUGGCUGUCUUAGUUUGCCUUCUAUCGCUGUGAUAAAGACCAUGGCCAAAAUCAGCUUGCGGAGGAAAGGGUUGGUUUGGCUUACGUUUUCCCAUCCCAGUCUAUCAUUGAGAGAAGUCAGGGCAGGAACUCAAGCAGGAACCUGGAGGCAGGAACUGAAGCAGAAACUACAGAGGAAUGCUGCUUACUGGCUUGCUCCCCAAGGCUCACUCAGCCUGCCUUCUUCUACACCCCAGGACCACCUGCUCAAGGGUGCCACCACCCACAAUGGGCUGGGCCCUCCCACAUCAAUCAUCAAUCAAGGAAGCGCCCGACAGAGUUUCCUGUAGCCUCAUCUGAUGGAGGCAUGUUCUCCACUGAGGUUCCUCUUCCCAGUGGCAGAGCUUGACGGAAGACUCUCAUCAUGCAGAAUGCGUUGGUUGGUCCUCUGAGAGGUCUGCCUGGAGACAGAAAUCAGCUUCAUUGUUCACAACUGGACACUGAGACUGAAGUGUCAUGCAAGGCCUGGCUGGCAACAUCCUUGCCACAUACAAAGAGCGUUACUAGUAUAGUUUCAGACACAGUUCCAGGUCUUGGCUUCCUGAGAGGUCAAAAUCAUCUACAGUGGCGGUCCCUUUGCUUGCUCUCUGUUGAUCCAGGGUGGGAGUCUAACUCCUGUGCACAGCCUUCCUUUCAGGCCAGGGUAGCCCGAGAGUUUCUUUCUAGGGCAGUUGUGGGCUGAGGAUCUCAGACUGGAGCCUUUGCAAAGUUCGGAGAGGCUGAUCUCGAACCACACAACCUGCUGGGCGGCCUGUCUGUACUCGAGGCUGCUGCUGCUUUCAUGGCUCUCUGUAACUGGGAGCCCGGGGCAGGCUGUUUGUGCAGCUGCAGGCUGCGGCCAGGGUCACCCCUCUGGGAGGUGCCUGUUGAGAAGGAGUCGAGAGGGGCAGCCGCCAUCCGCUGGAGGGUGGCUGCGUGACAGUCCCUUUCUCACCUCUGCUUUCAGGA